AUGCCUCCCUUACCUAUAAAUCUUACCGCGGUUCCAAUCGCUUUCAUUAAUGCUGUAUUAAAAAAUGAAAAUGAAGGUAACGAUCGUAACACAAAUUCUAGCAAAGCUCAGCAAACCAAAUUGUUGACGUCCUCUGCCGAGAAAGAGGUUAUUUUCGCGUGUAUUCAAAGAAUUGAUGACAAAAUUCGUGACAUUAAGGCUGAAGUAUACAGAAUAAUUCUCAAUCGACAAGAUAUAUUCAUUAAGCUUUAUAAUGAAUCUAUUUUCUUGCGCGAUAAGAUCAAUACUAUUUUUACAGAAAUCGAUAAUGUAUCUCGAGAGAUCAAUGAUUCCGAGGUUGGAAUGAAACCCAAACUCAUCGCAGCAUUACAAGAGAAUCGAAUAAUAAUGCAGGAAGUUCAUAGUACUAGAUAUGUGGUUGAGACUUUAGAAUACUUGAUUGAGGUACAAAAUUCUGCUAAACGUUUUCAAGAGUAUUUAUCCCAAGGUCGAAUAGAAGAAGCUGCCGCUUCAAUUACACAUAUGGAUAGAUUAUUGGAGUCUCCACCUAUACAAACAGAUCAAAAAAUCCAUAUUUUUGAAAAAUUAAAGGAGCAAUUGGCAACCAUGAAAGAAACACUAGAUCAAAAUCUUGAUGAUCUUUUAACUGAGUCAAUUUCUUUUCAAAAACUUGGUGAAGAUGAUACUAGUGGUGUUAGCCUUACAAUCUUGUCUUCUGUACAAAAUUCAGAUUCACCAACACUUUUAACGUCCGUUUUUACUUCUCUCUCGGAAAUUGGCUCGAUUAAUAUGCAAUUAUCAAGGCUGAAAAAAAACGUAAUGAAAUAUCUUAUUAUUCCGUUAUUGAAAAAUCGAGAUUCAUUUAGAGCGUCAUUCAGGGUUGUUGACGUCAAAUCCAUGUUGUACAUUGGUCCAAAUUUGGAUGACACAAACAUAGUUGAUAAAGACCGAGAUGGUGUAUUUACACAUCUUAUUACUGUCUUCAGAUUCAUCUAUACGUUCAUAUUUGGUGGCCUUGAUCCAGUGAAAAAAGAGAUUGUGAUAUCACCAUUUGCCACUCAAUAUGCUUCUACAUUCGGAAAGUUUAUUUCUCAUGAUUUACGUGAUGCUGUGAUCAACGAGUAUUUGUCGUAUGCAAUACCAAUGGAGACCAGUGAAUUCAAACAGUUUGAACAAGUUGCAGAUGCCGUGAAACGUUUUCAAACUGAAAUGCGUCGAAUGGGAUUCAUGAGAUCAACUAGUGGGGAAGAGGGAGAAGAAAGAACUUUAGACAAUAUAUUUGAUAGCUUAAUAAUCACUGAGGAUUCCAAUGACGUCAAUGAGAAUAGCAACAGAGAGAUCAAUGAUGGUUCAGUUGAAAAUAAUUCAAGAGUAGAAAACAAUUUAGAAAUAAAUCAAAUAAAUCAGCAAAGUUGUGAAGAUGAAUCUAUUAAUUCCACACAAGAUAAUAAUCCUAAUGAAGGAUGGGAGGUUGAUUGGGACGAAGCUUGGGAUAAUGCCGACAAUUGGGAUAGUACCAACAAGCAAAAUGAGUUAUCUAGGGAAACAAAUGCCCAUGAUUCAGAGGUGGUCAAAGAACCAGAAAGAUACUCUAUUUCAGUCAAAUCUAAGCCGCUAAUAGAUCUGACAAUAAGCACUUUGAACGAAGCACGAAACCUAAAUGAAAAGAGUGGAAUACGUCUAUAUAACGCAACGCUUGAUCUUUUUGAUCUGUAUCGUGCCAUUAUGCCGGUUUAUCACUCGAAUAGUUUUACUAAUGUACCUACUCUGUCUAUGUUGUUCCAUAAUGAUUGUAUUUGGCUAGCGGAUCAACUCAUAAUUAUCCAAGAUCAGUUUAUGAACAGCUUAUUAUCACAAGAAAAUAAUGAAUCAGAAAACUUUGAAUCUAAAAUAUUAUAUAGUGAUAUGGCAAACAAAUUACGGGAUUUAGGAAACGAAUGGUAUGAUAUUCAACUAGAAAAACAAAAAUCAGUUCUUAAAGAAAUUUUGGACGAAAUGGAUGGUGUGCAACUAACGGCAAAUGAAGAACGAUUUGAAACUUGUCAACAAACGAUGAACAAAGUGAUGUAUACUAUAAAACACCUAUCAAAAAUUUGGAAGGAUGUGUUGCGACUCUCGGAAUAUUACAUUAUAUUAGGCGCUUUGAUAAAUUCAGUAUUAACUAUUAUGAUCGAGAAUUUAGAGGAUCUAUAUGACAUUUCCGCAGAAGAAUCUCAUCAAUUAAAUUUAAUAUAUUCGAUGCUUUUCCCGUUGGAAGAAAUAUUCAGGAAGAAUGGGCCAAAUAAAAUCGAAAAUCAUGUUAAAUAUUGGAAAAAAUUCUGCUAUAUAACCGAUAUACUCGAAUUUUCUUUAGCUAAUAUUAUGGACAGAUUCCGCUCUGCUGAACUAAAUUGUUUUACUAGUAAAGAAUUGGAAGGUCUCAUAUGUGCAUUAUUUGCAGAUACUACGUUAAGAGAACAAAGUUUACAGGAGAUUAGACGCGGGCAUCCUGUUCCGGAAAAUUAA